UCUUGUAGUUAUCUCAACUUCUUUUCUUGGUUUUUCUCUUCAUCUUCAUAUAUACACAUAUUCUACCUCUCCUGUGGUUUUGCAAAUUACCCAUUUCAGCUUUCCGAAAUGGUGGAUCUUCAAACUGUGUGUUGCAUGUGCGGUGACGUUGGUUUCCCUGACAAGCUCUUUCGCUGCAACAAAUGCCGCAACCGCUUUCAACAUUCGUACUGUAGUAACUUCUACAGUGAGUUAUCUGGAUCAAUUGAAGUAUGUGAUUGGUGCCAAAGUGAAGGGAGAAGCUCAUCAAGAGGUGGGUCCUCAAAGAAAUCCUCCAUAGCAAACGAAAGUGGGAGCACAAACCGAUCAGAAUAUUCAGGCGACAAAAUCAAGCAACAUGAUGAUGAUCAUCAUCAUCAUCUCGAAGAGAUCAGCGCAGAGAAGGGAAAGAGUCCUACAGGUACUCCCUCUCCUCGCCCCUCUACGCGCAGGUACAAGCUCCUCAAGGAUGUCAUGUGUUAAAACACUGCUCUUACUCAGUACUCAUAUAUAGAAAAAGAAUCACAGGCUUUUAUAUAUAGAUAUAUAUAUAUAUAUAUAUUAUUGAAGUUAGGUCUUUGAGUUUUUUGUUUUGCUAUUAGCUACUAGAA